ACGGUUUUUCCUCUAUUCGACUACUAUCUUUAUUGGUAUUUCUUAUUGCUGCUUUUAUUUUUGUGUGAAUUUUUGUUCUUCCGUGUUGAAACUUUUAUUUUGUGCGAUCUAAUUAAAGGUAGCUCAGUGUAGUAUUGGAAAACUUUGAAAAAUCCAGUGUAAAAGCGAUCAAAGUGCGGAAAUUAUCUGAAAAAUGACAAUGGGUGGUGAUACACCAACAUCUUCACUGAUUUUUCCAGUAUUAUUGAGACCGAUUUUUGCCAAGUUGGAACGCCGAGAUGUGGGCGCAGCACAGUCAUUGCGUUCGGCCAUAAUGAAAUGUGAACAAAAUAAUCCAGGGCUUUGCUAUGACCUCGUGACGGCGAUCAUUCGUCGCGCAGAGUUGAAUGUUAAUCUAAACGAGGCAGUACUCCGUUUGCAAGGCAAUAUUGCGGAGGCGGAUCUGAGUGAAUACCGUCUUACUCGGACCGAAGAACCAUUCCAAGAGCUGAAUCGCAAAUCUGUUGCGCUAAAAGUAAUACUCAGUCGCAUACCCGAUGAGAUCACAGAUCGCAAAGCCUUCUUAGAGACCAUAAAAGAAAUAGCCAGCGCCAUAAAAAAACUAUUGGAUGUGGUCAAUGAAAUUGGAUCUUUUAUACCUGGUGUAACAGGCAAACAAGCUGUCGAGCAGCGUAAAAAGGAAUUUGUAAAAUACUCCAAAAAGUUCAGCACCACGCUAAAGGAAUAUUUUAAAGAGGGACAAUCGAAUGCAGUAUUCAUAAGUGCACUUUAUCUGAUACGACAAACUAAUCAAAUAAUGCUGACUGUAAAAAGCAAAUGCGAGUAGAAAAUUAAUACACACAAUUUAGUGGCAUUUGAUCUUUAUUUAAAACAAAAAAACAUUUAAAGUAGUUCAUUUAAAUAAAUCCAAACAUAUUACACAAUUAAGAUAAUAAUGAAUAUAAAUAAAUAUAUUGUAGAAACUCAAUAAAAAACAAAAAAUAAUAAUAUUAACAAUCUGAAGAAAAUGAAUGAAUACGUUUCAAAACACUAGCACAGUUAGAAAGGAAAUAAAACUGUGACUGCAGUGAAAAGAUAUAUCUGCGUGAAGUGUUUAAGCAUUAUAACCUUAACUGAAACUAAAUUUAGUAAAAAAAAAAAAAAAAAAAAAAUAAAACGGUGAAGAGAAAGUCGAACACAAAAGCUAUUACUUAGUAUUAUAAUUUCGAGGAAAGGUACUUAUGAAAACUGUUCGAUGAAGGGUUUUUAAAAAUAUAUACACGAAAACUAACUAAUUAAUAUUUUGCUAGAAGAAAUGUAUUUCGUUCCAGAAUCCGUUUGUAAAAGAGAAUAAAGGAUAUGUGCUAUAGUAAAUAA